GGGAUAUAAUGGGUUUUAAUCUGUGCUAUAUGAAGUGGCUGAUAGACCCUCUGCCAGUGAAUGUCAGGGUCACUGUGUCUGUGAAUGUGGAGACAUGCCCUGCGGCAUGGAGGUUGUGGCCUACACUACAUCUUGAUCCUUUAAACCCCAAAGAUGAAUCUAUAAUAAUUGCAGAAUGUGACUUUUCGGACAUAAUACUGAGUAAAGAGCAGGAGAAGCAGCUAGAACAGCAUUGUCAUUCCACAACAACCCGCAAUGCCCUUUACGUCACCCUUUUCGGCAAAAUGAUGGCGCAUGCUGGGAGAGCAGGCAACCUGGAUAAAACCCUUCAUCAGUGUCUACAGUGUCAAGAUACGGUUGCAUUGUACAGAAUCAUCCUCCGCUCCAUCUGUGAGUCAAUGCCAAACGAUGUGGACAAAGAGCUGAUGAAACAGAUUCUCUGUCUGGUCAACGUUAGUCACAAUGGUGUGAGUGAGUCCGAGCUGAUGGAGCUCUACCCUGAGAUGUCCUGGGCCACCCUGACCUCCAAAAUGCGUUUGCUGACUUACGGCUGUGGCUUGCUCAGGUUUCAACAUCUGCAGGCAUGGGAAACAGUGAGACGGGAGUACAUGGAGGACCCCACUGUCGUUUCUUCAUACAGGCAAAAGCUGAUUAGCUAUUUCACCUCACAGCUAAGGUAUCAGAAGCAUUCCUGCUGUUCUGACACACUUUCCCUUUGUGCCCAUCCUUCUCUUUCUUAGCUUAUAAGUUAAAGUGUAAACUGCAACCAGGCCUGGUGGCACAGGCCUAUCAUCCCAGUUACUAGGGAGACUGGGCAGAAGGAUCAGAAGUUUAAAGUCUGCCUGUGCUACACAGUGAGUUCAAGACUAGCCUGCAUAGCUCAAACUUUUUUAAAAAGUUAAAGGCUGGCAAUGUAGCUCAGUAGUAGAGCACCUGUCUAUCCUGUGCAAAACCCUAUAUUCAAUCCUUAGUACUGAAAAAAAGGUAACACUGUAAUUAUUACAUUAAGAAUUGAUAAUUUCCUCAUUCUGUAUUGAUGUCAAGAAGAACAAAAGACCACUUUGGGGGGAAUAUUUUACUGUUAUGUUAAAGGUUAAACCUUAAAUGAAAUUGAUGCAAGACUGUGUUACUAUCUUUAUUUUUAUUCUGCUUAAGUAGUUUAAAAUACAUGUUCAUCACACACAUGCAACCUCACACAGGUACAUACAUAUGCAUGCAAAUACACAUAACAAUGUGUGUGCAUGUAUCUCAGUGUGUAAAUAUCCAGGGCUUUUGAAAGUUUUCUAAAUGUUUCAAGAUUAGGGGAGUACUUCUGGAGUGCGAAUUUUUAAUGUUCUAGGGAGCAAGUCUCUUGACACCUUUCAUCCUCCUCAUGAAGUGUUCAGUCUUCCUCAUGAGAACCUGGGGAAGGUAUGUUGGUGGUCCAAG